GUGCAUUCACCUGCUCAAACCAACGCAUUUAAUACUACCUUCUCUCCUAUCCGUUUCUCAUAAAUACAAUAAUCAGAAUAUAAAUAUCAGUUCCCUCACUUCCGCCACCAUUGCAUAAUGCAUGAUUUCACUCUGUGUUUCUCAACUAUAGAAAAUGAAGAUUUUCUCAGCUCAAGUCGAGGAAGGAAAGGAAGGAAAAGAUGGGACUCUGUCGGUUGGUCCUGUUUAUCGUAAUCUACUAUCCCAAAAUGAAUUUCGUCCACCUGAUUCUGAUAUCAAUUCAGCAUGGGAUCUUUUCAGCGAAUCUGUAAAGAAAUAUCCUGGAAAUAAAAUGCUUGGUUGGCGUAAAUUUGUAGAUGGGAAGCUGGGGCCUUAUGUAUGGAAAACUUACAAGGAAGUGUAUGAAGAAGUUCUGCCAAUUGGUUCUGCAUUGCGAGCAUCUGGUGCUGAACCUGGCUGCCGAGUUGGAAUUUAUGGAUCAAACUGUCCUCAAUGGAUUGUGGCUAUGGAGGCUUGCAAUGCCCACAGCUUGGUUUGCGUGCCUCUCUAUGAUACACUUGGUGCUGGUGCUGUUAAUUUUAUUAUAGAUCAUGCAGAGGUUGAUUUUGUUUUUAUCCAAGAGAAAAAAGUGAAACAAUUGUUGCAUCCAGAUAGCAGAUCUGCUUCCCGGCUCAAAGCAAUUGUUUGCUUCACUUCAUUUACAGAGGAAGAGAAGGACAAAGCAGCUCAAAUACAGAUAAAACCAUACUCCUGGGAAGAGUUUCUGCACUUGGGAAAAGAGAAUCCAUCAGAAAUAGUGCCACCUCAGCCUUUCAACAUUUGCACAGUAAUGUAUACAAGUGGCACCAGUGGAGAUCCCAAAGGUGUUGUGUUAACACAUGAAACAAUAGCCAUUUUUGUUAGAGGCGUUGAUCUAUUUAUGGAACAAUUUGAAGACAAGAUGACAGCUGAUGAUGUGUAUCUAUCUUUCCUUCCCCUUGCGCAUAUACUUGACCGCGUGGUUGAGGAAUACUUUUUCCGGAAAGGUGCUUCUGUUGGCUACUAUCAUGGGGAUUUCAAUGCAGUGAGAGAUGACUUGAUGGAGUUGAAGCCAACAUUUUUAGCUGGUGUACCUCGGGUCCUUGAAAAAAUACACGAAGGUAUAAAAAAGGCAUUAGGAGAACUGAAUCCUGUAAGGAGGCGAAUUUUUGACGCUCUGUAUAAAUACAAACUUGCUUGGCUGAAUAGAGGUUAUAAACAGAAAUAUGCUUCACCUUUGGCUGAUUUGUUAGCCUUCAGGAAGGUCAAGGCUAGGUUAGGUGGUCGUCUUCGAUUAAUUGUAUCUGGAGGUGCACCCUUGAGUGCUGAAGUGGAAGAAUUCUUACGGGUUACUACUUGUGCUUUCGUGCUUCAAGGCUAUGGGUUGACAGAGACCUGUGGACCAAUCACCAUUGCCUUUCCAGAUGAAAUGUGCAUGCUGGGUACUGUUGGGCCUAUUGGUUUAUACAAUGAGUUGCGCCUCGAGGAGGUUCCAGAGCUGGGCUACAAUCCACUUGGGAACCCAUCAUGUGGUGAGAUAUGUGUGAGAGGAAAGACUUUGUUUAGUGGGUACUACAAGAAUCCUGAACUGACAAGAGAAUCCAUAAAAGAUGGGUGGUUUCACACAGGGGACAUAGGGGAGAUUCUUCCAAAUGGUGUUCUAAAAAUUAUAGAUAGGAGGAAAAAUCUUAUAAAACUUUCCCAAGGAGAAUAUAUUGCAAUUGAGUACUUGGAAAAUGUUUAUGGGAUCACUCCAAUUGUUGAAGAUAUAUGGGUCUACGGAGACAGCUUCAAGUCGAUGCUAAUUGCAGUAGUAGUACCCCAUGAAGAAAACACUAAACAGUGGGCAUACUUAAAUGGUCACGCGGGUUCAUUCCCUGAACUUUGUUCUCUUGAUCAGCUACAACAAUAUGUCCUUGCAGAACUAAAAUCUACAGCUGAGAGGAACAAGCUGAGAGGUUUUGAAUAUAUCAAAGGAGUGAUUCUGGAUUCUUGCCCCUUCAACAUGGAAAGAGAUUUUGUGACUGCAACAUUGAAAAAGAAAAGAAAUAAAUUGCUCAACUAUUAUCAGGUGGAAAUCGAUGAACUUUACAGAAAAUUGGCUGUAAGACCAGCAUGAUCAUUAAUCAGUCAUCUGCAGUCUUCGUUGUUGAGUAUUGUUACUAUCCCUGAUUGAUGAGUGAGCGCGAGUUUUUCUGUAGCUGUCGGCAGCAUAAGAGAAACAAUGUACACAGCCAAAUAAGGUUUACAAUUUAUAAGCAUAUAUGAUCUUGAUGGUUUCAAGUUUCAAUAUAUUUAAUAAGAAACAGCAAGAUCCUUGUAGCUCUCUUA